AUGAACAAUAAGGAAGCUGAUACAGUUUACGCUGGCGAUCUCAAUGUGGCCACUGAGUCCGUCCAAAAACUUUCCGGACUCAUCAAGAACGUGACCACGAAUAAGACUGGCGUCAUCGAUAUGGCUAUGGGUUUCGGGAGUUGCGUUGGAAGCAUAAUUGACCCUGACACGGCGGAAAUUUGGCAGUUUACUCCACAGGGUUAUUUGGAGGGCAAAAUGACCUCCAUCCUACAGUCUACAGAAGACGCUUCCAAGCAUCUGGCAGAACACUUUGCCAACACGAUAAGCAAUACGCGAACCAAGAGACAACUACAAACAGACCAUUCCAUAUACUUCUCGAAUAGAAACCUAGAAUACUCCGUGAAUAUACUUGACAGACAAAAUGGCUUUGAUUUCUUUACGCGAUCAACGCCUGGCAUCGGAGCAUCCAUACAUCUACCAGAGGAAAUAUUUAACAUGUCGGUGGUUAAAACAAGUGCACGUUUCAUUCACAUUUACACGGCAAAGUAUCCCACUAUUGCCGACCUCUUACAGAAGACGGAUAUGCUUAAAACCUCUGACAAUAGGAAUUUAGAUGGGAUGAUCAUAUCAAACGUCAUAUCCGGCAAGAUCUUGAAUGUACCGGAACAAGAAUUCCAGCACCUAGAGAAACCGGUCAAGCUCAUAUUCCGCGUAAAGGUGAAUAGUUCCAUCGAAGAGACUUUCAAUGGAACCAGAUUGUUGCAGAAAUGCGUCUUCCUCAAUACGUCAGCUCGAACAGCUAAAGACAGAUGGUUAAAAGAUGGCUGUUACAGGGUUGACGCCGAGAGCAAUGCCACCCAUACUGUGUGCAAGUGUAGCCAUCUGACAAACUUCGCCGUCCUACUGGAUAUUUAUGAAGUUGAGGAAGCAAUUGAUGAAGGCAACCAGAAGAUUCUAACGUACGUGUCCUACGCUGGCGGAGGCUUAUCAGUACUGUGCUGUAUUACUGCCGUUUUUGUCUUCGAGUUCUUUAGACUAAAGACCCAAAGGGUUCGCAUUAAUGAACAGCUAGCCGUUGCAAUAGUCUGCUUGCAGCUAUUCUUCCUCACGGGAAUUGACCAAACUCAAAACAGGGAUGUUUGCUUGGCCGUUGCUAUAUGUCUCCACUAUUUUCUGCUGGCCAUGUUUUGUUGGAUGCUGGUAGAAGGAGCUAAUCUGUACCUUGUGCUUGUCAAGGUGUUUGAGUCAAGAUCACAUCUUAAGAAAUAUAUGCUGGUUGGCUGGGGUGUGCCUCUGGUUGUUGUUGGUAUAUCAGCGGGCGUCAUGCACGACCAGUAUGGAACAGACACAGUGUGCUGGGUCACACAUAGCGUUCUGCUGAAAACUGUUGUUCCCCCCGUCGGCUUUGUUAUAACGGUGAACACGAUUGUACUAGCGGUUGUCAUGAAGAUCAUGUUCAACUCGAUGUCACGGGGAUCAAAAGCGACAGCUGAAGAGCGGUCUUCCAUUAAGUCUGGCCUGAAGGCGGCGGCCGUGCUCCUGCCAGUGCUAGGCCUAACAUGGACAUUGGGAUUUCUGUCCAUCACAAGCAAGGAAACCCUGAUAUUCACCUAUCUAUUCACUAUUCUGAAUUCUCUUCAGGGUGUUUUCUUUUUCCUAUUUCACUGCUUGUUAAGCACAGAUGUCCACAAAGCUUACGAGCGGAGGAAUAGGCGACUAAGCCAGAAGCGAAUGACACGGUCAUCCAUCUCCAAGAGAGGCACGCUCAAGCGAGAGCAAGAGUUGGACACACCCACCUUUAGUCGAUCAUCGAUAAAGACAUCUACAACACCACUGUCAACACUUGAGCGAAAACCUCCGUACAAGAAUAGAGGUUAUGUUGAUGACGCCGUCUUUCAUGCCAGAGACAUUGACGACUCCCCUUUCUACGACACGCCGUACAGAGCCUCGUCCUCGACACAAGGAAGCGUGUCACGUUCUAGUCACUACAGCCACACGGGGAGACUACACAGGACUGAUUUUGACAACCCGAACAUUCAGUACGCGAGACAUCCUUCGUAUGAAAGCGAUGUACCAUUACCCAACGACGGCAUUCGAAGAUCAAGCAGGAUUUCGGAUACGUCAACCGACUACAUUUUGUAUUUUGGAAAGCGAGAUUCUGGGACAAACGUCAUGCAAACGUACCCUUCCGUCGACAGAAACGAUCUGAAUGACGUGUAUGCGUCGAUGAGAAAAUAA